AUGGACCAAGCACAACCAGUUGAUCCCAACAACCGUCCCUCGAGUAAAAGGAGGGAUGUACCGGCUAACCGGGGCACUGCUUUUCGCUCUCCAACUAUCGGGACAGAUUUCUCUCUUAAGGGAAAUCAUUUGAAGAGUAUUGAAGAAGAAAAGUUUGAUGGAGUUACAAACUGUGAUCCAUAUGGCCAUCUUGAGAGAUUUGAAAAGAUAUGCAGGUUAUAUCAGUAUGGUGAAGGACGGGCCUCUCCAGUGAAGCUUGGGCUCUUUCCACUUACUCUUUGUGGAGAGGCAAAAGCUUGGCUCAAGGAACAACCAGAUGAUUGGUACUCCACAUGGGCUGAACUUCGUGAAGGUUUUAUUGAUGAGUUCUAUUCUAUACAAGAAAAUGCUCAGAAAAUGCUCAGAAAAUGUCCAGGGCAUAAUUUGAAUACUGAAGCAGUGGUUGAGAUCUUCUAUGAUGGUUUGCCCAGAAAAGCUAAAAGGGAACUUGCAGGUGCUUUUGGAGGUAGUUUGAACAAUGUUACUCCAAGUGAAGGUUACAAGAUCCUUGAUGAUAUGGCCAAGGAAUUCUCGACCCGUGAGGAGACUCAAAUUGCUGAAGUUAAUGCACUCUCAAGGCAAAUGAAUGAGAGGUUUGAUAGUCAAGAUGCCAGGUUUAAGAGUAGUGAGAGAGAUGUUAAGGUAAUAACGGAUGAAUGUGACUAUUGUGGAGAUAUGCACUACCCAGAAGAUUGUCCGGACAAGCCGGCUCAAGAAGUUAGUUCAUUUCAGAAUCAGCAGCAGGGAAACUACAGCCAGAACACCGGUUAUCAAAACCGGCAAUCAGGUACUUCUUAUCCUUCAUCUUCAUUUAAUAAUACUAACAACUCUGGGUUUGGUGGCAACAGGUUCAGCACGUUUAACAAUCAGCAAAACGCGAACGCUGAAUUGAGAGAAAUCAUGAAGGACUUGAUCAGUGUUCAGAAAGCAACCAACGAGAAAGUAGAAGAACAAUCCAAGAAGAUGACUUCUGCAUGGGAUUCUAUGACUACUUGUCUGGAUGGUUUGAAUCAUAAGCUGGAGCAAAGUACAAAGAGCACUCAAGCUACAUUUCAGGAUAUAGAAGCUAAGCUCGAAAGGCUAGGAAAUUCAAAUAGGCAGCCCAGUACACUGCCGAGCAAUACUCAGCAAAAUCCUAAGCCUCAGUAG